CACAGAUCAUCUGUGACUCUCACUCAUGUAUGUGUCUGCAUGCCGUGUACACCCGGUCACUGCUUCCAGAUGCUGGCUCCUGCAAGAUAGAGAUAAACCAACCAAAAGAUGCCGCCGAACUCCAUCAUACAAGCUGCAAUAGAUCUGACUGCUGGAGCUGCAGGUGGAACAGCAUGCGUUCUAACUGGACAGCCGUUUGACACUGCCAAGGUGAAAAUGCAGACGUUCCCUAAUAUGUACAGAGGCCUUAUAGACUGCGCACUGAAAACGUACAAACAGGUGGGGUUCCGUGGCUUCUACAUAGGGACCAGCCCAGCGCUUCUGGCAAAUAUCGCUGAAAACUCCGUACUAUUCAUGAGCUAUGGCUUCUGUCAGAAGAUUGUGAGGAAUAUCGCUGGUUUAGACAAACAUGCAACACUAAGUGAUGUCCAGAAUGCGGCAGCAGGCUCGGUUGCUAGUAUUUUUGCUGCCAUGGUUCUGUGCCCAACGGAGCUGGUGAAAUGCCGACUCCAAGCCAUGCAUGAGUUGAAGGUGUCUGGCAAGCUAGCACAAGGACAUAACACAGUGUGGUCAGUGGUGAAAGAUGUUGUACAGCGUGACGGUCCCUUUGGCUUCUAUCAGGGCCUGACCAGCACAAUAUGCAGGGAAAUGCCUGGAUAUUUCCUCUUCUUCGGCGGCUAUGAACUGAGCAGGUCGUUUUUUGCUUCAGGGGGGAAAUCAAAGGAUGAGCUCGGUCCAAUUGCCCUGAUGAUAAGUGGUGGCUUUGGUGGAAUUGCUCUGUGGCUGGCUGUAUAUCCCGUGGACUGUGUUAAGUCCAGGAUCCAGGUGCUUUCCAUUACAGGAAAACAAGCAGGCUUCAUGGGAACUUGCUCAAGCAUUGUGAAAAAUGAAGGAAUCUUGAUGCUGUAUUCAGGGCUGAAGCCUACACUGAUCCGUGCAGUCCCAGCCAAUGGUGCUCUGUUCCUUGCCUAUGAGUAUAGCAGGAAAAUCUUAAUGCAGCAGAUGGACUCUUGUUGACCAUUGGCUCACAUUGUCUACAGGUUGUGCGUCAUCUCAGGGGUAUGUGGCAGUGCUACACACAAUGACCUCAAUACUGUACAUGUUGUUGUGUUAGAGCUGACACCCGGUACUGAUCACCCAUUGUUGUGUCUAUUAUGAGUAUAAUACUUUAGGUGUUAGGAGUCUGUUAUGGUAUAGAUUAUGCUGAUCUUGUGAGAGGUGCUGUAUGUAUGUUAUAUACAAGUGUUCACCAGCAGGAUCGCAUUUACUAAUCCAGGAUGCCACAACAUACAGUUAUAUGAAGGCUCAUCAGGAACAUGCGAGAAGGAUUAAUGUCUCAGGAUACCUCAUAUGCUCCACAGACAUCCCUAUUAUCUUCCAUGUAGCAAAUCUUCUCAGCCACGGGAAUACAGAGAAAAUGUACGUAUGGAGAACUGAGGGGUUAACACCCGCCCCCACCCCUCUCUGAUUCUCUCUCCUGCCCCAUGCCAUCUAGCAAAGCUGCUGGGCAGGACUUUAACUAAAGGUUGCAAAAAAUGUCUAUACAGCUGGAGAUGAUUUCUCAAACUGUAUAACCUGGCGCUUUAUAUGAUUAGAUUAAUAAAUUAAGAAAAAUUUCAAAAAAGUAUAAAAGCUAAGGAGCUGCUGAGCAAAAACAGCUGGUUAGACUGAAAGAAUAUAAAUACAACAAAAGAGAGAUAUGCUCUGC